ACCGUUCAGUGAAUGGGCGUUCUAGUUUUUAACUGACAAUAAAAAUAUUUGCCUACCUGCUUUUUGGUUUUGCGUUGAAGUAUUAUCGAAUUUUGUUUUAACGUAUAGUGGGAUUAAUGAGGGUAUUGCGACAACUGUCAAGCAAACGGAACAAUUACAAAAAAAUGAUAAGACUGAGCAACAUAUAACGACCAACCAUUUAUAUUACUGA